GACCUUUCAAGCAAAGGAUGGUGAGUAGAUGAGAACGUGUGGCAAAAUAGUUCACCAACUCUUCUUCUAUCAGUGUCCGUCCAUUGAUCUCACCUACAAAUUCCCUCCCCUCUACUUCUAUAUACAGAAGCUGUUAUAAAAGCAAUCAAUUACAAGAGUAGCAUAGUACCAAGAUUUGUAAAGGAAAAAAAAAAGCCCCAAAACAGCUCGCAAGAUCAAGAAUGGAUUAUGAAGUACUGCCUGCAGUUUGCGUUCUUGAUGCUUCAACUUAUGUCGGUUUUUGGAUUCUCAAGGGACUCUUGAAUAGAGGAUACACAGUUCAUGCAGCUACCCAAAAGAAUGGAGAGACAGAGAUAGAGAAGAAAAUAAGAGAUAUGGAGAAAGAAGAGGAGAGAUUGGUAGUAUUUGAUGUAGAUGUUUUGGAUUACCAGAGCAUUCUUUUUGCUUUGAAGGGCUGCUCUGCUUUGUUCUGUUGUUUAGAUAGUCCAGAUGGAUAUGAAGAUGGAGUUGUUGAUUUUGAAGUUAGAGGAGCAAUCAAUGCAGUUGAAGCUUGUGCACAAACUGAUAGCAUAGAAAAGAUUGUAUUUACUUCUUCUUUAACUGCAGCAAUAUGGAAAGAAAACGUCUGUUCACAAGAAGAUGUAGAUGAGAAGUCUUGGAGUGAUCAAGAAUUUUGCAGGAAAUUAAAGUUGUGGUACGCCCUCACAAAGACACAGUCGGAACAAGUAGCUUGGGCUUUAGCAAUGGACCGAAUGCUGAACAUGGUUUCCAUUAAUGCUGGACUAGUUUUGGGCCCCGCUGUUGCUCAACAAAAUCCACGAUCCACUAUCUCUUACCUCCAAGGAGCAGCUCAGAUGUAUGAAAAUGGAGUGAUGGCCUUUGUAGAUGUGAAGUUCCUGGUGGAUGUUCAUAUUCGGGCUUUCGAGGAUAGGUCAACAUGUGGGCGAUACUUCUGCUUCAACAAGAUUGUGAAUACUGAGCAAGAGGCUCUUAAACUUGCCAAAAGCUUGAGCCCUUUAAUCUCUUUACCACCAAGGUAUGAAUGCCAAGGAAGUGACGUGCAUGCUGAGAGGUUAAGGAACAAGAAGUUGAACAAGUUGGUUGAGGGUACUGCCUAUUAGUAGUCAUUUAAUGUACUUUUUUUCUUAUAUAUAAUAUGAUCAGCUAUAUGAGAUAGCCGAAUGGCUAACCUAUAGCCGAUUGGCUGCAUGUUCUCAGGUUUUUUUAAUGGCAUCUUGUGAUUUUUAUCAA